UAUCCCAACUCUUCCCUAAAACAAAUCCCAUCAAACAGCCAAAAGAAAUGCCUUCCUACGUCAUCGUCGGCGCCUCCAGAGGCAUUGGUCUGGGCUACCUCCAACACCUCGCAGCCGACCCAUCCAACACCGUCAUAGGCAUAGCCCGCACCCCAUCUUCGGUCCCGCAAAUCCCAAACGCCACCAUCCUCCAAGGCGACCUAACCUCUGCUUCCUCCCUCCACGCCGCAGCCGCCAAAGCCGCAACCCUAAUCCCCAACGGCGCCGUCGACCACCUCAUCGUAAACGGCGUCUACGCCUCCGACAGCACGGCCUUUAUCAACCCCAGCGAGUUCGUCGGCGAGCCCAAAGAAUCGCUUCUCCUUUCCGAACUGCAAAACUCAAUCUCUACGAACGUCGUCGGCGUCGUCUACGCAAUCAACGCGUUCCUCCCGCUUGUGCGCAAGUCGCAGAUCAAAAAGGUGGUGGCCAUUUCCACGGGGCUGGCGGAUAUCAAGUUGUUGGAGGAUGCAGAGUAUACGGGCGCGAUCCCGUAUACGACGAGCAAGUUGGCGUUGAAUAUGGUGGUUGCGCAGUAUGCGAUUGAGUUUAAGAAGGAAGGGGUUUUGUUUUUGGCGCUGAGUCCCGGGUUGGUGCAGACGAGGGAUGUGGAUCCUAGUACACUCCCGCAAGAGGUGCAGGAGGGUAUGGCUAGGAUGGGCGCUGGGUUUGCCAAAGUGUAUCCGGAAUUCAAGGGACCCAUCACAGUUGAGGAGAGCGUGCCCAUGCAGCUCAAAGUCAUCGAUGGGUUGACGCAGGAAAAAUCAGGGCAGUUCCUAUCCCACCUUGGAACCCAGCAGUGGCUCUGAGGAGCGGAGAGCGGAAGUCUGUUUACAACACGGGGAUAAUAUUGCUGAAAGAUUAUAAAGAUUUGAACAGUCGCUGCGUAAAUAUAUAUAUACAUGAGUGAAAAUCAUGAAUGAAGUUGUCCAGACGCCGUUGUAUGAGAAAAUGAAACACGCACAGCAUUUGACUCACUUGUACAUCAUCCCUGACACAACCUUCUCAAAUACAUCCACUGAACUGAUAUCUUCACACUCUCUUCGAUUUCC